AUGGAUUUUGUGGAGGUGGCGCCAGAGGCUAUUUGUUCUACCAGCCAUUCCAGAUUCCAGAGCCUACCGUACGAUGUAUUGAUGCUGUGCGCGGAGUACACACCUGUGCGGGAGGUGCUGAUACUUGGCACUCUGAACCAUUUUUUCCAUGAGUUCACCGCGCCUGACAACGUUGCCUUGUGGACAAUCUUUACGGAACGAGUGUACUUGUUGCGCCCACCGGGGUUGAGGCGCAUGCUGUUUAAUGAGUCUCUUCUGAAAACGUACACAGCCGUGCAUUCCAUAAGUCGUUCGAAUAUGAAAUCAUGGGGUGGAAUGACCAUCAACGACGUUGAAGAUGACGAUGGAAACAGCAAUAGUGAGAAGGAAGAUGAAGAUGUUGAUGAUGAGAUUGUUAUCAACCGGCAUCGGCAUUCAGCGCCCUCACUUGAGGGUUCUAGGAGAAUUAUUUCUCAGCCAGAGCUUAUACAAUGGGUAAUAGAUCAUUCUGAAGAAGUUCUUCUUGACCUGCGGAUGUUUUGUGACAUAAUCAAGGGCAGGGAGCCACGAUUUGCGCUCACCGGACUUUUGAUGGCCCUGCAGUUUGUCAAGAGGCGCAUGUGGUACACGGAAGUCACAGAUUUGGAAUCUGUGCGGGACCUUUUGCGCUCGACAAUUGUGGAGGAGGAACACGACCCGGGCUGGUCCGUUCUGCGCACCAUAGCUGGGCGAGGUCGAACAAUGCCAAAGCGAUUUCGCGUGUCGGUUUCGGUAUGUAUGCAGACAGACGACAUGGCGGAAUUAAGUGCACAGCGUCAAAUGUCCAAACUGAGGUGGAAGCGGUGUGCCGCCGUGGCUCGUGAGUAUCUGAAGCUGCGAGAGGUUCUUCGCGUUAUAUUGGCCGUGUCGGAGGUUUCUGAUCACCCCAAUGCUCAGCAACGGUACGACAGUGUGUGGUCGGCUCUUCGCGGUACCACCGCCAUGCUCAAUGCGGAGAAGGUACCACAACACAAUCAGUUAGCCGAUUUGGACGAGUUAGGAGCGGCGAUCCCCAUGAGUGCAUCUGGUGAGGAGUUACUGCAACAAAUCCGUGAUUUAAGUAAGGCGACGGUGGGAGGCAUUGUAAGCUAUUUUUUUGCCUAUGUCAUUGGCAAAGUUGAGCGCAAGGCAUUUUUGUCGGCGUUGUUUAGCAUGCAGCACCUGGCGGGUGCCGAGGGGUAUAACGGUGUGCCAUUUUGGUGA